AUGGACUACUCCGCUCCUGAGUCCGAGGUGGCCAUCAAACAAGAAGACAUCGAAGGUUCCGAGGACGAUUCGCGCACCCACAAGAUGUCACUCUCUGAGGAGGCUGAGGCAUGGGACCGCUUUGAUAUGCCGAAGUUGGAGAUCAUAUUCAACAACAUGCGCGAAGUCUUCCAACGCGUCGUCUUCGGUAGAGACAGCAGCGGCGAUCCAGACCUCUUUGAUCAAGACACUGACUCUCCAUCCGAACGCGAGAAAUGGGACCUUCAGGAUGCCUGCUGCUACUUUCUCGAAAACGAAGACAUUGUGCCUCAAGUUCACAAGGCGCGGGCGAAUCUCAUGAUGGUGUGGCUCAUUGACACGGAGACGGAGAGUGAGCGGUAUGCCGAGCAAGCAAGCUUCUAUGUUGAGUGCUUGGCUGAGGAUGUUGACAAGAUGUUUGGAGUGAAGGAWGCGCGGGUGGAGGGAUUGAAGGAGGACUUGUAUGCAGCUCUGGAGGAAGUUGUGCGACGCAAGGCUGAGGGUGACGCGGAGAUGGAUGAGGAUGAGAUGGAGGAUGAGGAUGAGGAUGAGGAUGAUGAAAAAGAGUGA